UGACGCGACAAAGCCGGCGUAGCUUGGAAUUGCAAGCCAUCGACCUCGGAUUCUUUCCCGCAAGAGUCUUCACAACAACAGGACCCAAGCUAUCAGUUCGCCAAAAUAUACGCGCCACGCAAAUUCCUGCGACAUCCCCGUCCUUGACCAGAAUCAUUGUCACGCGAAGCUCAAUCCGAUCCGAUAAGCCAACUUCCGAGGCCAUAUGAUAGAACGAUGCACCAGCUCUGGCAACCAUAACUCGCAGCGACAACGCAGGAGCCAUGUUCACCUUCACCCCACUUCAGGGUGCCCUUUCCGAGUCGGCGGCAUCGCAGUCGCUACUGGAACUCGACGGCGGUGUCAAGGUACUGGUAGAUGUCGGCUGGGACGAGAAGUUUGAUGUCGAAAGGCUGCGCGAGUUGGAAAAGCAAAUCCCCACGUUAUCGCUCAUCCUCUUGACCCAUGCGACCGUGAAUCACCUCGGCGCAUAUGCGCACUGCUGCAAGAACUUCCCUCUCUUCACGCGCAUUCCGGUAUAUGCGACAAGGCCCGUUAUUGACCUUGGCCGCACUCUGACCCAGGACCUCUAUGCCUCCACGCCGGUCGCUGCAACAACAAUAUCCCCGACAUCCCUCGCCGAGGUCUCGUAUUCAUACGCCCAAACAUCAUCCGCCGACCACAACCUCCUCCUGCAACCCCCGACACCAGAAGAGAUUGCGCGCUACUUCUCCCUCAUUCAACCACUCAAAUACUCACAACCGCACCAGCCGCUGCCGUCACCAUUCUCACCGCCCCUGAACGGCCUCACCAUCACCGCCUACAACUCGGGCCACACGCUUGGUGGAACAAUCUGGCACAUCCAGCAUGGCCUCGAGUCCAUCGUCUACGCCGUCGACUGGAACCAAGCCCGCGAGAACGUCUUCUCUGGCGCCGCCUGGCUGGGAGGCGCCCACGCAGGCGCAGGCGGUGCUGAGGUGAUCGAACAGCUGCGCAAGCCGACCGCUCUGGUAUGCAGCAGUCGGACGCCCGAGGCGGCACUCUCGCGCGCCCGGCGUGACGACCAGCUCCUCGAGUCGGUCAAGCUCUGUAUUGCGAGGGGCGGCACGGUGCUGAUCCCUGUUGACUCGAGCGCAAGAGUCCUCGAGCUGUCCUAUCUCCUGGAGCACGCCUGGAGGACAGAGGUUGCCAACGACAAUGACAUCUUCAAGUCGACAAGGGUUUACCUCGCCGGCCGCAGCAUUGGCAGCACCAUGAGGAAUGCAAGGAGCAUGUUGGAGUGGAUGGACGACAGCAUCGUGAGGGAGUUUGAAGCGGUCGCUGGCGCUGGCGGAACCCGGGCGGGGAAUAGUGGUGCCGGCGGCGGAAAGGCCGGUCCUUUUGACUUCAAGUACCUGAGACUGCUGGAGCGCAAGGCGCAGGUCGAACGGGUCCUGCAGCAAGCGACUGACGACGCUGAGCCUAGGGGCAGGGUGAUUGUGGCCACAGACUCGAGUCUAGAAUGGGGCUUCUCCAAAGAGGUCCUGAGGGUGAUUGCUGGGGAUGCAAGGAACUUGGUCAUUCUCACCGAGAAGCCGCACCUCAAUUCAGGCAAGCCAUCCAUUGCCCGGAUGUUGUGGGAGUGGUGGAAGGAGAGGAAAGAUGGCGUCGCUGUCGAACAGACGAGCGGUGGCGACACAUUUGAGCAGGUGUACGGAGGCGGUCGCGAGCUAGAAGUGGCAGAGGCCACCCGGCAGCCGUUGGAGGGUAAUGAAUUGGGGGUUUACCAACAGUGGCUUGCGACACAACGGCAGCUACAAGCGACAUUACAGAGCGGCGGCACGGCUGCCUUGGAAGCCUCAGCCGAUGUGGUCGACGACGCCUCAGAAACGACAACUGAAACCGAAGAAUCUGAGACAGAGCAACAAGGGAAGGCGCUGAAUGUGUCCACGACGAUAGGCCAGGCCAGCCGCAAAAAGGUUGUGCUCACUGACGAAGACCUGGGUAUCACCAUUCUAUUCAAGAAAAAGGGUGUGUACGAUUUCGAUGUCCGGGGCAAGAAGGGCAGGGAGCGCAUGUUUCCCACCGUGUUGCGGCGGAAACGGAACGAUGAGUUUGGCGAGCUCAUUCGUCCCGAAGAGUAUCUCCGCGCAGAGGAGAGGGAGGAUGCCGACGGGCAAGAGGACAGGCAGGAUGGAAACAAGCAAGAGCAGGGCCUCGGCAAGAAGCGCAAGUUUGACGAUGUCGGCGCGGCAAAGGGGGCUUCGAGCAACAAACGACCUCAACCCAAGCGGGCCGUUUCCGACGAGCCAGAGGCGGCCUCUUCUACCGAUGGGCAUGCCGGAGACGAACUUGACGAGCUGGAAGAUGAGGAAGAAGCUGUUGUCGGGCCAGCCAAGCUGGUCGUCCGCUCACAAGCCAUCACUGUCAACCUCCGCAUUGCUUUUGUUGACUUCACCGGCCUGCACGACAAGCGCAGUCUGCACAUGCUGAUCCCGCUUAUCCAGCCGCGCAAGCUGAUCCUCGUGGCCGGCGCCGAGGACGAGACUCUGACCCUCGCCGCCGACUGCAAGAAGCUGUUGAGCGCCCAGCUCACGUCCGACUCAUCCCAGAGCGCCAUCGACGUCUUUACCCCCGCCAUCGGCGCCACCGUCAACGCCUCGGUCGACACCAACGCCUGGGUUGUCAAGCUUGCAGAUCCCUUCGUCAAGCGCCUCAUGUGGCAGAACGUGCGCGGUCUGGGCAUCGUCACGGUCACCGGCCUGCUCCUCCCCGGCGGCGAGGUGGCCCUCCAAGACACGAACACCACCGCCACCAACAACACCACCGGCCCCUCAAACUACAACAAUGACAACAACGACAACGAAAACGCCUCUAACAAACGCCAGAAACUCGAACUCACCACCACCACCACCACCACCGCCGCCGAACAAGCCGGCACCAUCACCACCACCAAUGCCACCAAUGAUACCACAACAACAGUAGCCCGCAAUGUCCCAACCCUCGACGUCCUCCCACCCACCCUCGCCUCCGCAGUCCGCUCCGCCGCCCAGCCCCUGCACGUCGGCGACCUGCGCCUGGCCGAUCUGAGGAGGGCGAUGCUCGGCGCCGGCCACAAGGCCGAGUUCCGCGGCGAGGGGACGCUGCUGGUUGACGGGUGCGUGGCGGUGCGCAAGACCAGCACGGGAAGGGUCGAGGUGGAGAGUGUUGGGCUGCCAUUGAUUGGCGGGUUGUUGCCGGGGGCUGGUGGGGUGGAUGGGAGAGGGGGUACAAGUCCAGGUGGUGGUGGGAUGGGGACUUUGUAUGAAGUGCGGAGGAGGAUCUAUGAGGGGUUGGCUGUUGUUGCUGGGGCGUAAGGAGGGUGAGAGUAAGGUUGGUUGAGGGGCAGGGGGUGCGUUGGACGUGGUUUAUCUAUAGAGAGAGUGAGUUGAGUGGUAGGCUCUUUUAUGCGUUGAUAGGUUUUGUGCCGAUUAUGUGUAUUCUACGGAGGGCGAGGAGAGUAAACGCCAAGCAAGGUUUGUGUUGCCCGGCUCAGUCGUUGUCUAGAGCCAUGGAAGGUGAUGACAGAUUAUGGAAUCUCUUGUCCACCCAAUGCCGAGGCUCAAGACUGGAUUGUGGCCUAGACAGCGGCGAUACUCGUCUGAACUAUCAGGGUCUGUGAUACGAGGAAGAGGUCUGGCGGAAUGACCUUCCCAGCACAGUGG